UUCUACGUAGUCUUUCCAUUAUAAAUAAAGAAAGAUCAUUUAAUACACCCUAAAUCCUUAAUGACUCUCCCUUUUAAAAGAAGCUCUAUUGCUUGCAUUGUCUCCUCUUCUUCUUCUUCUUCUUCCUUUCUUCUCUUCCUCCAUUGAAGCUCUCUAGAAAAUAAACCUUAUACUUAAGUGAAUGUCCAGAAACAGGGAAGAAUUUGGAGAGUACUACGAGAUCGUGAAAAAGAUAAAGAAAGAUCCAACCUACGCAACCACGACGGAUCAUCAUGCCGUGAUGGGGAUCAGGAGACACGUGGCGGCGGUGCCUCCGGGGACGACGUUGAACACCGUUACCCCAUGCGCCGCUUGUAAGCUUCUCCGCCGUCGUUGCGCGGAGGAGUGUCCUUUCUCACCUUACUUCUCUCCCCACGAGCCACAGAAGUUCGCCGCCGUUCAUAAAGUCUUUGGAGCUAGUAACGUUUCUAAGAUGCUUCUGGAAGUGGGAGAGAGCCAGAGAGGAGACGCAGCGAACAGUUUAGUGUACGAAGCAAACCUCAGACUCAGAGAUCCAAUCUACGGCUGCAUGGGAGCAAUCUCAGCUCUUCAACACCACAUUCAAUCUCUCCAGACCGAACUCACCACCGUCCGUACGGACAUCCUCCGCUACAAAUACCGAGAAGCCACCACCAUCACUUCCCUCCAAAACAACAACUUCAACAACAAUACAACAACGUCAUCAGUGAGCUGUGAUCAUCAUGCUCUCGCCUCGGCGAUUCUCCUCUCACCACCACCACCACCUCCUCCUCCUCCACGACCACCAAGGUUGUUGUCCUCUCAGCCUGCUCCACCGCCUACGCCACCGGGUUCUUUGCCGUCUCCGUCGAUGGUGGUGUCGUCUUCUUCGUCUUCCAAUUCAUCAGCCACCAAUUCUAUGUAUAAUCCUCCUCCGUCUUCGGCGGCUGGAUACAGCAAUUCUCUGUCCAGUGAUAAUAAUGUUCAUUACUUUGAUUAAACCAGAAUUAUGUGGUUCUUAAUUCUGUUUUUAUAAAAAUUUUAUAUACUAUUCUGUUCUUAAUUCUUAAAUCAGACGCUAAACCUUUUUAUAUGUCA